CAUCUGAGCAUCCAGCCAACCUUUUUAAGGAAAAGCAUAGAUACGCAGCUCCAUCUACAAGCCUCCGGACUCCUCCCGUCCUAUCAGUAGGUUUUAUUUCAUGUUCGCACUCUCUGACUCCUUUGCCUUAGUCCUGCAUUAAAGGUGUAUAGGAACUGCAUUAAGUUGUCACACAGUGAAGCCAACGGACACUCAUCAUACUCAGAGAGAUCAGUGACAUCAGGUGGAGACGGGGUCGCCACAGGAACAGAUACCAGCUCUUCGACCUCAAGCUGGUAUCGCAAUGCCUACUACAACAGGAAGUAUUUCUGACACCUGGAAGUCAGAUAAAGCAAAAACAGUCAAAAUGGAAAACACACCCGCAGAGAACACUCCAGCCUAUGAACCAGAUAUCCCUGAGCCCAGAUUCAGAGCUGAUCUCCUCAAAUACUGGAUAAACCUUUCCUUGGAUCACAACACAGCCAACAGGACACUGUGGCUGUCAAGAGACGGUGAUAAAGUGGCCCGUAAAACUGAUGAUAUCACUUGUCCUGUCCUGGAUAGAGCAGAGAGAUAUGAGUAUUUGCCACAGGUUCUUUGCAAACAAGGCAUCCUGGGCUUUCGAGGCUACUGGGAGGUAAAAGUUUCUGGAUGGGUUGUGGUCGGGGUCGCAUACGAAGGGUCAGGAAGGAAGACCAGGGAUGGACCCAUCGGCCUGGGAGAGAAUGAGGAGUCCUGGAGUUUUGGCUGGAGUGGCUCCAGCUAUCAUGCCUGGCACAAAGGCCGUGUAAUGGAGAUCAAGGGGAUUCCCAAGUGCUCUAGAAUUGGCGUAUAUCUUGAUCAGCCUGCUGGUAUUCUUAAUUACUAUGCUGUGGAGGAGGCUACUGAGGGUGCAGGAGUAAAGGAGGUCACACUUUUGAAGCAGUUUAAGAGCACUUUUACUGAGAAGAUGGUGCCAGGGUUUUGGGUGGGGAUACAAUCUGAAUGUGUGAUUGUAAAGAAGGAGGAAUAAACAAUGGAAUCCACAUUAUAAAAUAUGAAGGUCAGUGAUCAAGAGCUGAACUCUGGCUGAGGGAUGAUUAAAAUUGCUCUCAUCCUAUUAUAUUAAACUGGACAAAACCAGCAUGUUAUCAUUUGUCAGGGAUGUCAGAGGAAUAUUUACACAUAACAUAAACAUAUUUAAAUCAUUUGGACAAUGCAUGACAAAUCAUAACAUUGGUGCACAGAUUCAUUACAUCCAGUA